AUGGCCUCUGCGCACAUCUGCACACUUGGGAUUCUGUUUAUGCUCAGUGGACUGAGAGCUCAGUCGGUGACUCAGCCAGAAGAUCAGGUCCCUGUCUCGGAAGGGGAUCCAGUGACUGUGAAGUGCACCUAUUCAGUGUCGGGGAGCCCUUAUCUUUUUUGGUAUGUCCAACAUCGCAAUCAAGGUCUCCAGUUCCUUCUGAGAUACAUCGGAGGGGACAAGUUGGUUCAAGGCAACUACGGUUUUGAGGCUGAAUUUAACAAGAGCCAAACCUCUUUCCACCUGAAGAAACCAUCUGUUGUAGGGAGUGACUCUGCCUUGUACUUCUGUGCUGUGAGCGACACAGUGGUUGGGGCUGCAGGGAGAGCUGAAUAUAAACCCCUGAGCACAGAAAACCAUGCUCCUGAAGCCUUAAUAUCCCUCCACAAGCAAUCAAGACUCAAAGACAACAGGCUCACUCUAAGGAUGAACUCUCCUCCAGGAUCAGUGAUUGUGCUAUUCUUAAUGUUUGGACAAACCCAUGGAAACUCAGUGACCCAGAUGGAUGGCCAAGUGACUCUUUCAGAAAGGACUUCUGUGACUAUAAACUGCACUUAUUCAACGUCCGGGUACACUACUCUUUUCUGGUAUGUCCAAUAUCCUGGAGAAGGUCCACAUCUCCUCCUGAAAGCCACGAAGGCCAACGAGAAGGGAAGCCACAAAGGUUUUGAAGCCACAUACAAUACAAAAACCACCUCCUUCCACUUGGAGAAAGCCUCAGUCCAAGAGUCAAACUCCCCUGCGUACUACUGUGCUCUGAGGGACACAGUGAAGGAAACUGCAGGGGGAGCUGAGCACAAACUCUGA